AUGGGAAUACUUUAUUCGGAGCCCAUUUGUCAGGCAGCUUAUAAUAACGAUUUCAAUGAAGUUCAGAUCCUUUUGGAGCGCAACAGCAACUCUGUGAACAUCCAGGACAGCUUUGGUGGAGACACCCCCUUGAUUUGUGCGUGUAAACAGGGAAACAACCGGAUAGUUAGCUAUCUUCUGAAAAGAAAUGCUGAUGUCAACCUCAGAAACAAGAAGGACCGCACUUGUCUGCAUUAUGCUGUUAGAAAACGAUUUACCUUCCUUGACUAUGUGCUCAUCAUAAUCCUCAUGCCAGUUAUGCUUAUUGGAUAUCUUCUCAUGGUCUCAAAGACUAAACAGAAUGAAAAUCUGAUCAAGAUGUUGCUUAGAGCUGGAGUGGAUGUUAAUGCUGCAGACUUUUCUGGUAGCACAGCCCUUCACUAUGCUUGUGAAAUGAAAAACCAGACAGUCAUUCCUCUACUACUUGAAGCUCAUGCAGACUCCUCUGUAAAGAAUCAGGAUGGGGAGACUCCCUUAGAUAUAUCAAGAAGACUGCAGUUCCACAACAUUGAAAGCAUGCUAAGGAAAAAUUCCUAG